AUGAAGGGCUUGAUAUUUAUUGCUUUGCUAGGAUGCUUUGUGCAGACCGGGUUUGCAACAGGCGGUCUCAACGGUCUUCCAAUACUCAAUGGGCCAAUUAAUCCAGUCGGGAAUAUCUUCGGUGCAAAGAGCAGGGUCGGGCAAUUCAUCCACCCUGGCCUAUGGCAUACUCAUGAUGAUUUGGAACGAAUCAGACUUGGUGUCACUAAUGGGCUCGAUCCAUGGAAGACUGCGUUUGUCAAUUUCAGCACAGAUUCUUUCUCUCAAGCUUCCUAUGAAAUGCAAGGGCCAACGACCAUUCUCUGUCGAGGGCCAUGUAGCAACUACUCUAGCUUCACUAAUGAUGUUCGCGCGGCAUAUCAAAAUGCACUCAUGUGGUACAUAACUGGAAACCAGAGCCACUGGGACCGUUCUACCACUAUACUUGAUGCUUGGGGAUCAAAUCUUACAGACAUUAUUGGGACUGAUACCUCACUCUUGGUGGGUCUUGAAGGAGACAUGUUUGUAAAUGCUGCUGAAAUCAUGAGAUGGGAAGGCAACUGGGUUGAGCAAGGUGCGCACGCUUCCGGUGGGUCUGGCUUCUCCAAUCAGCUCUACUGGCUAUUUGCACGGCAAUCGAUCAUCAUAGGACAAGCAAACUAUGGAAUGAUUAGUAUAAAAGCUCUUCUAUCAUUCGCUGUUUAUCUUGAUGAUGUCUCCAUGGUAAGUCUAUCCUUCAUAAAUGAGACUGUCUCGGCUAAGAUCAAAAAGUACAACUAUGCUCUAAACGCAUACCAGAAUGACCUCUGUGCUGGUUUAUUCGGCAAUUACGAAUCCGAGACAGGGCAAGGUGCCGAGACAGGCAGAGACCAAGGACAUGCUCUCGCAGGGCUUGGGUGGACGGCUCUUGCGGCAAGAGUAGUUCAGUCUCAAGGCGUUGACAUUUAUUCUCUUGGGGAUAAUCUCCUUCUCAACGCCUCUGAAUAUUCUGCCAAUUACAAUCUAGGCAACGAUGUUCCAUAUGACCCGAAGUUUUAUCGUUGUGAAGCGAUCCUCAUCAAUGGACCAUGGUCUGCACCUUCAAAUAUCAGUCGUGGUAUUGCACAAGGCCCUGCAGUUUGGGAUAUCAUAUACUAUCAAUAUGUCAUCAAGAGGGGUCUUGACGCGCCGUGGACCACGAAAGCAAAACAGGCCUAUGAUGCGUCUGGCGGGGAGCAGCAUGUGACGGGGAGCAGUUCAGCAGAUCAGCCAAGCUGGGGAGAUCUGCUUUGGUCAUACCCAGGGAAAGGAGAUUUCAUUAAUGAUAAUGAGAGAACAAUUUGGGGCGGCGGGAAAAUUGGCGCUAAUGGCACUGGGAACUACAACAGCGCAUAA